AUGGUGACGGUGGAGGGUGGGGCCUCCCAAUACACUACGUAUUACACUACACACAAGAGAGAGAAGCCCCAAGUGGAAGAGUCUCUUAGUGGGGCAGAUCUGAGUUCUCCUACCCUGCUAUUGUCUGAAGUGGUGCUCACCUACAUGGAGACACAAUUGUAAUUGUACUUAUUCUCUUGACCCUGGUCGGAUGCUGUUAUUGGCUGGGCUGCGAGGCUCCUCCCCAAGUUGCCAUUUGUGAUGUACGAAUAGAUCAGCCCCCACAACCCCUUUGGUCGAGUCAUGCACGACCACUUCCUGAAGCUCAGCUCCACCUUGCACUCGCUCAGACACUACCCAGACAGGACUGCACAGUGUUGUCUACAUGGUUGGGAACAGUGUCUGGAUAUGAAUGAGUUCUACCUGGGUCUGAUACCACAGAAGGAGACUCGCAGAGUGGUGUUGCUCAGUGGGGGCUCAGGCUAGGGGGGUAGAGAGGAUACUACAGCCAGGGUCCUCAUCAGAGCCAAGGGUGGCUGGAGAUGUGCCUGUGUGAAAUCAUCCAAUGACUGGGGUGUCAUACUGUAUCACACAGUAACAUCUGUGCCUGGGCGGGGAGCUGUGUUUGGUGGCCGCUCCUCCCCUCUCAACCCAAUCAGAUCACAAUGUAACCUGCCUGACCCCGUUGCCCCUGACGGCCAGACAUCAGUGAGGCUAUCCUUGAAAAAAAUGACGUGUAGUGGCAACCCGCCUCAACCAAGAUGGAGUCACACUCUGACCAUGGUUUUCAGCAGGAAUCAUGCCUCAACAGCCUUCUCCGAUCUCUUCCUCAGAGGUCAGAACUUCCUGUUCGUGUUUGGAGGCAGAGGCAGAACUUUUGAUGCCCACUUCCUUUGUCUUGAUGGCCAGUGUUGGACUGAGAUUCCUAUAGAGGGUGAGCCUCGCUUCUCCCAUUCAGUCUGUUCAUGUGAAGGAGGGGCAGUGAUCUGUGGAGGUGAUCUGUGGAGGGUUGGGAGAGAAAGUGUUCUACUGGGGGAUACAGUCUUACUGAGGCCCACCACCACAGGCUUCUGCUGGGAGAAACUACACCUCCAACCCCCUCUAUUGGAUGAUGUUGGUGUGCCAGGGGUUGCUGUUACAGAUCUGACCAAAAGAGGCAGCGUGGAGCUCAGCCUGGACUCUGCUGUACCCUCGCCUCUCAUGCUGCACUCCUUCUGCUCGGCUCUCCUGGGCGACUCUGACUAGUCGACAACGAUGGCUCUGAUUGGUGGGGAAGGAAACUGCUUCUCUGUUGUGACUCAUCACAACCCUCACCCCAUCACUGUAGACCUGAAACCUGUUCUAUAA